AUGGCCGACGCCAAUCAGGCAGCCUUGUUUGACGCCCGGCGGAGAGCUGGAUCAAGCAGCCAAAUGCUCGAUAGCAUCAUACAAGGUUCAAAUUUCGAUCGAGAUGAAGUUGACAGACUGCGAAAGAGGUUCAUGAAGCUGGAUAGAGACAAUUCGGGAACAAUAGAACGCGACGAAUUCCUCUCGCUUCCUCAAGUCUCAUCAAAUCCUCUAGCGACCCGCAUGAUCGCCAUCUUCGAUGAAGACGGAGGCGGCGAUGUCGACUUCCAAGAAUUCGUCUCCGGUCUCAGCGCCUUCAGCUCCAAGGGCAACAAGGAAGAGAAAUUAAGAUUCGCCUUCAAGGUCUACGAUAUCGAUCGCGACGGAUACAUUAGCAAUGGGGAGCUGUUCAUUGUACUGAAAAUGAUGGUGGGAAGCAAUUUGAAGGACAUGCAAUUGCAACAAAUCGUGGAUAAGACAAUCAUGGAGGCAGACACGGAUCGGGAUGGGAAGAUCAGCUUCGAGGAGUUCACAAAGAUGGUUGAGAACACGGACGUUUCAAUGAGCAUGACAUUAGAUCAAUUCUAG